GGUCACAGACUGGAUGUGCUCUCGGGGUCCGACUCAGCCUUUAAAAACGAGUGAAGGCCUUGGUGAAGCGGAACUCCGCUGCCCCUGGAACCGGACAGCCGCUAGUUCACCGCCGCAGACGUCACUCUGAACCCGGGUAAGACUUGCAGAGCGCCGCUGGUUGUUCCUGCUGGAGCUGUGCAUCAUCCUUAAUUAAAACAGGCUCGAGACUAUAUUGUCGUGACGAUGGCGGACAGCUCGCAUUGUUUCUACUGCCGGGAGGAUCUCGGUGGGAAGAGGUUUGUCCGAAGCGAGGGGAAGCCGGUGUGCGUUCGCUGUCACACCAAGUUCUGCGCCAACUCAUGUGCCGAGUGCCACAGACCCAUCUCUGUAGAGACAAAGGAGCUGAGCCACAAAGGGCGUUAUUGGCAUGAGGAAUGUUUCCGCUGCACAAAGUGCUACAAGCCUCUGGCCAAGGAGCCGUUCAACACCAAGGAUGAGCGCAUCAUGUGUGUGAAGUGCUGCUCCAGAGACGCUGCUCCCCGCUGCCACAGCUGCUAUAAACCGAUACUGGCUGGCAGUGAGAGCGUGGCAUACAAAGGAAACUCAUGGCAUGAUGAAUGUUUCACCUGUUGCAGCUGUAAACGACCUAUAGCAUCGCAGAGUUUCCUCUCCAAAGAUGAUGCUGUUUACUGCAACCCCUGCUAUGAUGAGAAGUUUGUCAAGAGCUGCGUCAGCUGCAAAAAGCCAAUAACCUCUGGAGGAGUGAACUACCAAGAGCAGCCGUGGCACAGCCAUUGCUUUGUGUGCAGCUCCUGCUCAAAGCCUCUGGCCGGGUCCAGUUUCACCACCCACCAGGACCAGGUCUUCUGUGUCGACUGCUACAAGAGCUCAGUGGCGAAGAAGUGCAGUGGCUGCCAGAACCCAAUCACAGGUUUUGGUAAAGGUGUGAAUGUUGUGAACUUUGAGGGCAGCUCCUGGCAUGAAUAUUGCUUCAACUGCAAGAGAUGCUCCCUCAGUCUGUCCAAUAAACGCUUUGUGGCCAAAGAAAAAGACAUCCUCUGCACCGACUGCGGCAACAAAGAGUGAUGGACAGCUAUUAGUUUCUGUUUUCUAACCUCGCAACUUUACACAAUGGUUAGAGUCUACAUUUCAACUUACUGUGUUAUAUAUUUCUGUGAUUUAUUUCUCAAGGAUGCAAAGAUAUUCAGUCUUUCUGAUGCUUUAAAAUAAUACUUUAAACUAACAAUGUGCUGAGUGAUUGUCUGACAAUGGUCUGUUUUCCAUUAAAAAGGAUUGAUGAAGAAUCUUUAUUAUUCAGCACACAACCAACAUAAAGCCAAAGUUUACCUAUGUUUUAGAUCCUGGGUUUACUAUCUUGCAGGAAGUCAAUACAAAUAAAUAUACUGUCAUAGUAUAGUUUAAACAGUUUUAGUUCUUUAUUGUACAAUAUAAAUAACUGGUCAUAUUAGUGCCUUUAAUGCGUAUUCCUUUUUUUAUUUUAUUUUAUUAAUACCAUACUGGUGUCAAAUAAUCAGUAUCAGCGUCAACAUGUUUUGUUAUUUGCCAAAGGAAAAGCACUUUUUAAACUUUCCUAGUUUAAAAAGCACUCAAAUAAAAGAGAUACAUUUAUCUGAAAUUGCUGUAUGUCUUGAUGUGUUGCUCAAGUGAAAUUUAAUAAACUUUCUACAAAAUUCAA